CGGUUCCUCAGUGAGUUCUCGAGUCAGUUGUUAGCAAGGUCAGGUCUUAAGAGAGAGGAGAGUGUCCAAGAGACUCCGUUGCCUUCCAGUUGUGAGUUGGACAGACAUGGCGAGGUGCAUCAACUUAACAUUUCUUCUGCUAUUGUCGGUCCUGCUGAUCGAUGCUAAGCGUCAAUCCCAACAAAAGAAAACUGAAACCGAAGAUGAUGUUGACACAUCAGAUCAAUGUCCAGAACCUUUCGGUUUCUUCGCUGAUGCAGAACAAUGUGACAAAUACUAUGAAUGUAAUGACGGAAAAAUAACUGAGAAACUAUGUCCGGAUGGUAUGGUGUUCAACGACUACAGUAAAGAGUACGAAAAGUGCGACCUGCCUUUCAAUAUUGACUGCAGCUCCAGACCAAAUCUCCAGGAACCCCAACCGUCUUUGCACUGUCGCAGGAAGCACGGUUAUUUUGCGCAUGAAGAGAACAAUGUCUGUGAUAAAUUCUACUACUGUGUGGAUGGUCAAUUCAACAUGAUCACUUGUCCCAAUGGCUUGGUGUACAACGAGAAGGCAGGAAUCUGCUCAUGGCCUGAUGAAGCCAAGAAGAAAGGUUGUUCUUCCUCAGAGGUGUUCAACUUCGAUUGCCCCAAGGUGAACGAGACAGUAGGUCUGACCCAUCCUCGUUAUGCCGACCCUGAAGACUGCCAAUUCUUCUACGUGUGCAUAAACGGAAACACGCCCAGAAGGAGUGGAUGUAAACUUGGUCAAGUUUUCGAUGACUUAACCAAGAAAUGCGAAUGGGCAAGACUUGUCCCCGAAUGUGCUGAUUGGUACAAGGGUAGAUUGACUGAUGAAGAACUGGCAGCUUUGGAGAAUCCUCCUACCCCUAAACCUCGCCCUGUUAAAGUUAGUAGAAGGAAGCCUUCAAAACCACCAAGGCAUCAAUCACGUACAGUGGAGCAAGAAGAAGAUGUAGAAUGGUAUUGGUAUAUAGAUAGUGAGGUAAAAAAUACUACCUUAGCUGCUAACCUACAAGCACAUGAGUUCUUAAAUAUCACGAUACCAAAAGAUCUCCAGUUAGUAUCGAGUGGUAAGCAUUGUCUUACCGGUGGAACUCAAGUGAUAGGACAUAGAAUGAAGAUUUUCGUGUGUGUGUUGGCUAUUGCCACCUUGGCAUGUGCUCAACAGUUCAAAUGCCCACCAAAAGACGGUCAAUACGAAGACCCUAGACAAUGUGAUAAAUACUACCAAUGUGAGGAUGGAGUUGCCACAGAAAAAUAUUGCCCAGAUGGAUUGGUAUUCGACCAAUUGAUCCGUAAAGUAAACAAAUGUGACCAACCUUUCAACAUUGACUGUGGAGACAGAACUGAAUUACAACCACCACAAGGAAACUCCAACUGUCCAAGGAAAAAUGGUUUCUUUGCUCAUCCAGAUCCUACAGUGUGUGACAAAUUCUACAAUUGCAUAGACGGUGAAUAUACAGAAUUGCCAUGUACGCAAGGUCUUCAUUUCGAUGAGUUCAGUGGAACCUGUGUGUGGCCAGCUAGCGCUGGAAGAACAGGAUGUACAGAAAGAGGAAACAAAUUGAAGGAUGGUUUUGAAUGCCCCAAAGAAUCACAAAUCGAUGCUAACGGUCAACGUACAGUUCAUCCUAAAUAUGCUCAUCCCACCGAUUGCCAAAGAUUCUAUGUCUGUUUGAACGGACAAGAGCCCAGAGAUUUGGGAUGUCAAGUAGGAGAAGUAUACAAUGAAGAAAGUCAAAGGUGUGAUGCCCCUGAAAAUGUACCCGGAUGUGAAGACUGGUACAAAGAUGACCCACCAGUAUCUCUAUCCAAGCCUAAGAAGAACCGUAAAUGAGCUGCAGUUCCUCCCAACUAAAUAAUCAAAAUCUAGGAAUCUAUCGAUGACAAAUUGAACAAUUUGUCAAUAGUUGUGAUUGGGUCGGGAUCUUACCCAACAAGAACCAUCACAAGUUCUCAAAAAAGUUACGAUUGCAAAUUUUCAAUAAUUCCACAUCUAACGUGGAUAGAGCACAGCUUGAUUUUAUCGUGAUCCUUUUAAAUCAUGUUUAAGAAGCACAUUGUUGAAGCACAUUUUGUUUUAAUUUUUUCGAUGCAAUUUUUUUUUACGAACUGAUGUUAUUAUUUUUGUAUGUGAAUGUCGACAUUUCAAAAUAAAUUCUUUUUUAUA